AAAGGAGCGCGGGUGCAGAGCUGGCCGGAACGGGCUGGUCUGGGCUCGCGGGUGGAACCAUAGCUGAGACCAUCCAUUCCCCUUGUCAUUAGGUAUAAAACAUGAAGUACAGCUUUCCCCACGAAGAAAACAUGGAAGUCAACAGACAUGAGGUACAGUGUUUAAUGAAAGUCUUCAGUACGCUUGUUGCCACUUUUCCUGAGCAACGGAUUGCAGUCGGACUGGAUCGAAACAAGUUCAGGAAUGUUCUGCACACUACAUUUGGAUUGACUGAUGAUAUGAUCACGGACAGAGUUUUUCGUGUAUUUGACAGAGACAAUGAUAGCUUUGUCAACAUGAGGGAAUGGAUUGAAGGAUUAUCGAUAAUUCUCCGUGGGACUUUGGAUGAAAAAAUUAAAUUCUGUUUUGAAGUUUUUGAUCUGAAUGGAGAUGGCUUCAUUUCACGAGAGGAGAUGUUUCACAUGCUCAAAAGUAGCCUAAUCAAACAACCAACAGAAGAAGAUCCUGACGAGGGAGUUAAAGACCUGGUAGAGAUAGCACUGAAAAAGAUGGAUUAUGACCAUGAUAAUAAAGUUUCAUAUGCAGACUUUGAGAAGGCAGUAAAGGUUGACAACCUCUUGUUGGAAGCUUUUGGAUCCUGCCUACCAGAUUCAAAGAGUGCACUUGCAUUUGAAGAACAGGCCUUCAAGAAAAACAAGGACGAUUAAUUUUUGCUGCUGCUUCGUAAGACUCCGCUGUCAUUGUUUUUAUAAUUGUUAACUUAAUUACCGUAGGUCAUGCAUCAAGGAAUUUGUUAAAUUAAGCAUUGUACAAUUGGCUAAGUGUAUUUCUCACUUAUCAACUGUAUAAAAUAAGUCUUCCUGUUGCACCAACUCAAACCUUUCUAUUAGUUACACAAAAUAUGAGGGGUACAAUACUGGAAUGCAAAUUGUUAUUUUUAUAAAACAUCUACAUGUCUUAGUUAAUAAGUAUUUAACAUUGCAAAAUAAAUGUAUAUUUCCAGUUAUCUCAAUUUUUCUUUUAAAAAUUGGAGAAAUAUGAAAAAUUGCAUCGUGUGUGACCACUUUUUGAAAAGCCUUUGAUAAGACAUUUUGUAGAAUUCUGAUAGGAUAUUCCUGAUUGUUCAAAAAUUGUCUUGGAUUUAAAAACGAUAGAAAGAUUCAUGUUUUUAUAUCUUUAAGAAAACCCACUGUACAUUUUAUGUAUAAAAGAUGUAUAAAUUUGAUAUGAC